AUGGAUGCGGAGACCGAAGGCGGCAGUGGGCAUACAAUUGAUGACAGUCACUUCACCGACAGUUUGACUACGCUCAUGGAGGUGGAGUAUCCGAACCAGUCUGAUACUCGCAGAUCACUAUGCCGCCAGUCCCCGCAAGACGCUAAAAUCCAACGCAUGCCCGAAACGGACACGUUCGGCUCUCCGCCACCCGUUACUGAUAAAGCUGGCCACACGUAUCGGCGCGUAUUACAAGAGUCGGAUCCGUUCAUGGCUCCUCGCUCAACCGAACAAGUGCUAGUGCACGACAGACGCCCUCCAAUCACUUUAACUGCUUUCGAUACUCUUGAAUCUCCUCAACGGUCGUGCCCACCUGGACAGGUGCUUACUGACCCUACGAAGCGUGGAGGCUGGAUCCUUGCACUGCACCCGGACGGGACACUAUACUUUCACAAAGCAUGGCAAGGAGAAUGUGGGCCAUUCCGUAUACUCACUGAAGCAUACCUCUUGAGCGAAGAUAUGCUGUAUGAAAUCACAGAGUUCGCCCGGUAUAUGUGGCAACAUAUGAAGCUUUUACCGCAUAAGUUUGUCGACAAGAACUUCGAACUCGUCAUCAACGUGAAGAUGGAUGUCGAGGCGGACACGAUCAUCUGGAGCUACUAUCUCAUCGAUCACGUCCGUUGCAUGCCUUUCUGGAUGCGCGAAUGUGACCCCGUCGGAAACAGGCGCAUCGCACAACGCUUUGGCGCGUUCUCUACGGAACAUCUACGCCAUCUCCUGAAGGCUAUGUAUUGGCAAUAUCGUGCCCUAUAUCCAUGUCAUUCCGAAAGCGCCGCCGUCCUCCCAGAUGAGACGCACGCAGAUAUAGCCGCUGACUUAGCGUGGUGUGCCGCAGUUCCUAUUAUCACACCUUCGCGAUACCCGCCUCCGUAUACCGCUGAGGAGGCCAUAAGGCUGCGCGACUUGCUCGAUUACCUCCAGAAGAACCCCACAGAACGCUCCGGGCGUUACGUGGACGUUGCAGGGCGAACCAUCAGCGUCAUGGAACGAUGGCGUUUCGACCAGCUCCAAAACACUCACGCCGUACGGCGAUUUCGUGGCCAGUCUGUUCUUCCUUCCCGGGCGGACUCGAUUCUGUACCGCAUGGCGGCGCCUAUACUAUUCUAUGCGCCCCUCAAGCAUCUAGAGGACUGCCGAGGCCUCUUUCUCGACGGCAUCCAAGUGGACGAAUCACAGUGGGCACAGCACGUACGGAAGCUCUUGGAAGGCUGGCAGAAAUUCGUCUUGAAUUCGACCAUCCUACUCAAUGCCAACCUGGCCUUUCUCUCUCUACAUGAUGCAAUACUCGGGUCAACGAAUGAUGCCGUGAAUGACCUCAACGGUUCGUCACUUGUGGUCCCCGCGAUGACGACGCUGGUGCGUUUCUCUAUGGCUGCUUGCUUGGGAAGCGUGGCGGCGGGUUUGCUUCUUAUCGGCGUGCACCGUGGUGAGGACCAUGCGGGGGAUGUUCGCACGAACAAGACUGCUAUCAUGCACCGGCUGCAAUCACAACACUUCGGAUUGGAACUCCCAUCCAUCCUAUACAGUCUCCCCUAUGCUCUCCUCAUGUGGUCUGCCCUCUUGUUCCUCUGCGCUUUCGCUGUUUCUAUCUUUCCGGGGUCCCAUUGGCCGGAGCGCGCGGUGGUGGUCGCCGCUCUUUCUCUUGUCACUACAACAUUAGUUUGGUGCCUGCAGAUAUCGAGGGAUUCCCUCAGUCGUAGCUUCUUCCGCCCGAGACGCCAUGCGAAGGGCUGA